CCGCUUACCUCAAACGGAAGCGGCGAGCACGACGGAAACGCCUUCGACGUUUGAACUUCGCCGCAUGCUGUAGGGUAACCAGGACAUUCAAAGGUAACCAAGAGAAACAGGAAGUUGAUGUUGGGUUGGUUUGUUUUUUUUUUCACUUUGAUUGUAGCUGGUCUGUUAGCCUGAAUCUCCGAUUUUGAACGACCAGCUUUGAAGCAAACAAAUUCGCCAGCACUGCCAAGCUUCGGUCGAUGGCUUUACCGACACUUUCGGCUCGCUGGCCGAGUCGCGCGCGGACGUUGGAGCUGCAGAUAGCGCGGCAGCGCGAGCAGGAGGCGCGGUGGCGGCAGCAGUGGGAGGUGCACGCGCGGUAUUUUAAAGAGCAGAGCGUCCGCAGCAGCAAGCAAGCGCACUGGAGCUCUCGGGAGUCUUACCGGCAGAGCAUGUCGGCGUACCAACGUGCACAGCUGCAGGAGGAGAAGCGCAGGAGCCUGGAGACGCGCAGGGAGCGCCUGAGGGCCAUGCUACAGCAGGAGAGGGACCAGAUGGAGGCCGAGCUACGCGCCACCGCUCCGGGCCGGAGCACCCUGGCCCGACAGCAGCUGGAGAGGACGGAGAGCCUGCAAUCAGCCAGGGAGGAACGCAGGAAGAAGCUCGCGCAGGAGUUACUGAAGGAGCACUGGAAGAAGAAUAGUCCGGAACUGCGCAAGGUGGAGUCAGAGCUGCACAGGGAGCACGUUGUGGGCCAGUGGCAGGUGCAACAGAGGCAGAAAGAGCAGGCUGAGGAGCAAGCCGCAGAAGAGCGGAGGCGCUCGGAGAGCGAGUACGAGCAGACCCGGCAGGAGGCGCUGCGCAGGAUGGAGGAGGCGGAGCAGCGGAGGAGAGAGGCGGAGCAAGAGAGGGCGGAGGACCUGCAGAAACAGAUGGAGGAGCUCCGGCUGCGGGAGGAGGAGAGCCGUCGACUGCAGCUGGAGGAGGAGACUCUGCUGUCCCAGCGCUGGGAGGUGGAGCGGCUGGAGGAGGAGAGACGGAGAGCCGAGCAGCGGCGCGAGAAGGCGGAGUUCGGGCGGUUCCUGUGCCGUCAGUACCGGGCCCAGCUCAAGAGGAGAGCGCAGCAGGUCCAGGAGGAGCUGGAGGCAGACCGCAGGAUCCUGGCGGUGCUGCUGGAGGGCGAGGACGAGGGCCAGCGGGUGGAGAGCGCGCGCCGGGAGAGGGCCGUGGCCGACGCUGCCUGGAUGAAGAAGGUCCUGGAAGAGCAGCUGGCGCUGGAGAGGGAGAGGGAGGCAGAGUUUGACCUGUUGUACCGAGAGGAGGCCCAGCGAGUGUGGGAUCAGCGUGAGGCUCAGUGGGAAAAGGAGAAGCGAGCCAGAGAGAAGCUUAUGCAGGAGGUGUUAUCGGUGCGGCAGCAGCAGUUGGAGGCGCAGAGGAUGGAGACCCGGCGGGCGUGGGAGGAGUCAGAGCGCAAGAGGGAGGAGCUCCUGCAGCAGCUGGAGGAGGAGGAGCAGGAGAGACGGCAGCAGAGAGAGGGGGAGGAGCAACGCCGCACAGCACGCAUGCAGGACAUCACCGCACAGGUAGAACAGAAGCGCAGGGAGCAAUGGGAGGAGCAACACAAGAUAGAGCAGGAAGAGGCAGAGCGUAGGGCGGAACUUAGGCUUCAGGAGGAGGAGCUUCGAAUGGAGACUGAGAGAGUGACUCAGCGGGGCUACCAGGAAAGGAUACGCAGCAGACCCUGGUCGGCCUGGACGUGAGGAGAUGCCGUGGCCCCCACGCCCCCCGACCCCAGCGCCCUGGAGCCUCCCAGCCGCGGAGCCCUGGAGCCAGGUCUAUUUUUGACGCAUAUACAUAAAUCACACCAUGCCAUGUUAUUUACAACUGGGUUUUUUUUUGGAAACAGAGACUAAGUGUGCACGUGUUGCAGCUCCAGGGCUGCCCUGCAACUCAGAGCUGAUCUAUGGUCAGCUAUAUACUAAAAGGGGGGAGGAAUUGUGUGAAGACAGCUGAUCCAGGCACAGUGCUCCGGAAUUGCCCGCCUUUCCAGGCACGGCCCGAGUUCUGUUGCAUGCACUUGGAUUGUAAAAUCAGUGGACUACCACAUCUGAUGAUUAACCUCUUUUCUUCUUCUGUAAUAAAAACAGGCAUUUGACUGUUGCACAUUUUAAAGAUGACAUUUUUAGCUCAGCAUUGCAGAGAUUCCAGAACUGUGUUGAUCGUUUCCUUUUUAGUGAGUGCAAAUUGUUUGUAUUUAUAUGAUUUUGACGCUAGUUACCAGAUAUAAACCUAAAUAUACUUUUACCAAAGUUG